AUGUUCCUUGUAUAGUGAUUGUCCUUUGUCAGACCAGACAUCAAGAUGGUUAGAUGUGUUUUCUAAUGAUACAUGUGUUAAUAUCACAUCAAUAGAACCAACAGAUAGUAUCCCCAUUACUGUCCAGAAUAAGAUUGUACUCAAUGUUGCUGAGCUUCCUGAUGAAAGAAAUAUUAGUCCAGCAUAUGAAUGUAUUUAUGAAAAUGGGUUUGAGACAUCAGCCAAUCAGUCUGGUCAGAGCUUGUCAUGUGAUACACCACCUACCAAUCAAAGACCUGAUAUACCAAGUGUUCAAGAUCAUGUGUCUGUACAACUGCUUGUAAAAAGUUAUGAAACAAAUGUGAAUUUUGUCAAUACUAGUUUCUAUUUCUUUGAAUGUUCAAACAUUAAAACGUGUACAGAAUGUGUAAGCAGUAACUGGGCAUGUGAUUGGUGUAUAUAUGAAAACAGGUGUACACAUGAAAGUGAUACAUGUGCACAGGAUGAUAAUUCAACAAUUGUAUUUGGUGUAAAUAAUAUUUUUACUAAUAGUAUGCGAAGAGGUGAUUAUUUUUGUCCUCAUCUGGAACAGCAAGAUGAUGAAGUUCUGAUUCCUGUAGAUCUGACUAGUAUCAUUACAAUAUCCGCUGUCAACUUACCUGAACUCAAGGGUAAUCCUGGUUAUGAGUGUAUUCUGAGAGGAGAUGGAUUUGAAGAUUCCACACCAGCUACCAGACAUAAUGACUCUACUGUAAUAUGUAAUAAUAAGAAAUAUAAUUAUGAUGCUAAUGUUCAGGAGCUGAAUGUUAGUUUAACUGUGCAAUGGAAUGAUAAUUAUAUAAUUGAUGAUAUAUACGGAUUCAUUGUAACAUUGUAUAACUGUAGUGUUGGUCGUCAUGACUGCAGUGAAUGUUUAUCAACAGUAACGACAAGAGAAGAAUUACAAUGUGGAUGGUGUGUUAGUGAUACUUCCUGUAAGAUUGACGAUCAUUGUAAUCAGGAAUGGUUGCAACAAGAAUCUACGGUGAAAUGUGAUGAUCCUAUUAUCAAUGCGGAGGAACAGGAUGUGAUAAUUACUGGUAGUAAUUUGGGCAAAGACUCCUCUCGUAUUGGGAAUGUUACUAUAGGAGGGCAUCAUUGUGAAGUAAUCAAAGAAAAAUAUGUGGUAGCAAGAAGUCUUGAGUGUACCACAGAGUCUGCUGCUGUUGAUUAUUCUGGUACAAUCACUGUAUCAGUAAUUGGUAAUGAUAAUACAACUCAGACUGGAACAUCUGAUGAUUCAGUACAGUUUACAUGGAGGAGCCAAAGUGUGGUUGACUUUCACCCUAAGAUUGGUCCUAAAUCUGGAGGUACUACAGUUAUUAUAUCAGGACAAUAUAUGGAUGCAGGUAGAAAUAUUACAGUUGACAUUGGUGGUUCUAUAUGUACUGUAGACAGAGAAAGAUGCAUGACGAACCAGAAUAUUGAUCAGGACAAUAUGUGGAUGAAUAUGGUAAAUGAGACUCAUAUUAUAUGUUCAUCUGGUGCUAACAAAGUAACAGACGCUGCUAACUUAACAAUAUAUUUUGAUGGAGCUGUACGUCCCCUAUUAGGUGUCACUUAUGAAUACACAGAGGAUCCUACCAUUGAAACUAUUUUACCAGAAUCAAGUAUGGUUAGUGGGGGUCGCAUGAUUGAAGUCACAGGAUCAUAUUUCAAAUCAAUACAGAAACCUUUACUUAUUAUAAAUUCACCUCCAGAAGACCCAUAUCAAUCUGAACCAUGUGAUGUAUUGUCCAACGACCAUAUGGUAUGCAUUACACCAGAAAUAAAUUACUUAUUAUCUCGUUCAAGACGAGCAUCAACUUGUGUUGAUAACUGCACAGAUGUUACAAUUGGAUUCAAAAUGGAUGGUGUAGAGGAUCUCCUCAGUCUACCAGACUUUAGUUUCAAAAUCUUUGAUGAUCCAGAAUAUUUUAUGUUUCAAGAAAAAGACAAUAUUAAAGUGUUUGAAGGAGAACAAUUGGCAAUUGAUGGAAAGAAUCUUAACCUUGCAAGUACAGCACAAGAAGUGUUUGUAUACAUUGGUACUGAGCGAUGUAAUGUGACCAGCCUUGCUGUCAAUCAACUUAAUUGUAACCCCCCAAAUUCUCAACCAAAAGGUGUGGAUAUUAAUGGUACAGCAACCAAAAACAAAUUACCAGAAGUUAGGGUCCGAGUUGGUGUAUUGGAAUUUUUUAUUGGUUAUGUGGAAUAUCCAGAAGAUGAUUUACCUAUAGAAGUCAUAGCUGCAGUAGCUGCUGCUGCUCUAUUACUUCUUAUUAUCCUGAUUGUAGUAUGUAUAGUAUGUCAACGUAGACAUACCAAUGAACGCUUAACAGUGGAGAAAACAAAGCAAAAAAUGGAAUCUGUUGAGUUGGCCAUAAGGGAUAAACUGAAAGUUGCUUUUACUGAGUUACAGACUAUGAUGCCUGAGAUGAGUGAUAUAGGUGCCUCUGCAUCUAUUCCAUUCUUGAGCUUUAAUGACUAUGUUGUUAAUAUGAUUUUUGCUGGACAAACUGACCAUCCUGUCUUUCUGAAGGGAACAGUUGAUGCCAGUAGUAAUUUAGCCAAAGGAUUAAGAAGAUUCCACAACUUAUUGAAAGAAAAGAAAUUUCUGGUUGUCUUUAUACAUACACUAGAAGAGGAACGUAACAUUUCUGUAAGAGAUAGGGUUAACAUUGGAUCCUUGCUGACUUUAGCAUUGCAUAAAGAGAGGCACAUGGCCUACCUGACUGAUGUGUUGAAGACAUUAUUGGCUGAUGCUGCAGAGUUUGCAGUGGAAGAUGAAAGUGUAAAAGGAAUGUUGAGGAGAACUGAGUCAGUUAUGGAGAAAAUGCUGACCAACUGGUAUGUGCUGAACCUGUACCCGUUUUUAAAGAACUGUUGUGGUGCAUCUAUCUACUGGUUAUGUGAAGCCUUAAAACAACAGAUACAGAUUGGACCUGUUGAUGCAAUAGAAUACCGUGCUAAGUACUCACUAAAUGAUGAAUAUUUAAUGAGAGAAGAUAUCACCCACAAUGUUCUGACAAUUACUGUUCUCACUGACGAUUCAUCAUCUGAAUUGAAAGCUAAAGUUUUAGAUAUUGAUACAGUAACACAAGUUAAGGAAAAAUUACUGGAUGUGAUCUAUAAAAGUACUGGUAUACCCUUCAGUAAGAGGCCUUCUGUGGAUGAAGUGGAUCUGGAGUGGAGACAUGGUCGUAAGUUGGAAGGUCGUUUGGUUCUUCAGGAUGAAGAUGUGACCACUAUAAUUGAAGGUCGCUGGAAGAAAAUAAAUACAAUGAGAAAUUACAAAAUUCCCACAGAUGCAACUAUGACAUUGGUUAAGAAAUCAGAAACAGCUAAUGGGAAUAAACAACUAAGAAGUCCAAUUUCAGCUAUGAAUAUACAUAAUGAGAAAGAGCUACAAGAUUCUGAGGCUGCAUCUGAUAUGGCAAGUAGUAGGUUACAUAGGGUAAAAACUAAUAGAAGAUAUGAAGAUGCUGAAGGUGGAGUCAGAUCAUACCAUUUGCUUAAGUGUAAAACCCCAAGUGGAAAUGAAAACAAAAUACAGAAAGGAAACUUCCGUGAACGAGCACUGACAAGAGCAAGAACCUUCUAUCGACAAAGAGUGAUAUCAGAAGUGUUUCUGCUUCAAUUAGUUUCCACCAAGGGAACUAUUGAGCAAUUUCUUCUGAAUGCCUUCAAUAAAUUAUUGAGAGUUGGUGAGCAAUCUGAACAAUUUCCUUCUGCCAUCAAAUACAUGUUUGAUUAUUUGGAUGAAUUAAGUAAUAGACACAGUAUAAAUGACCCUGACGUGGCUCAUAUCUGGAAAAGUAAUAGUCUUUUAUUGAAAUUGUGGCCCAACAUAUUAAAGUAUCCACAAAAUAUUUUUGAUAUGUGGGUACCAGAGAUUGUUACACCAAGCCUUGACAUUAUUUCACAGACAUUUAUUGAUGCUUGCUCUAAAAUGGAAAGAAAACUUGGCACGAAAACUCCUGCCAAUAGGUUGUUGUAUGCCAAGGAAAUAGAAGAUUAUAAAGCUGAACUUGUUAAGUAUUUUCAUGAUAUCCGUGAAAUGCCAAAAAUCACUGAUCAACAAAUGGAAGCAGCUUUAUCAGAAGAUUUUGUGAGUUUGAACAGUACAUUUGAAGAAUUAACAGUAUUGAAUGAGUUAUACAAUUAUGCCAGUAAAUAUGGAGAUAAGGUGAGUUUAGCCUUUGACCUUGGAAAUCUAAUCAAUCAUAAUAAAAUAUCAACCAAGUUCAAUUUAAGUGUGUCUACCGGUAGCAUGUAUAAUUGUGAU